UGCACAUUAAGGUCUUCUGUAGAGAGAAAGUACUACCCACAUGUUUCCUGAUCACAGUCAGGACGUAUCUUCACUGUGAGUUUCUAUAGGUCGCAUUUACUUCCCUGAAUCUGAAGUAAUUUAAAGAGAGGUUUGUCUCACCUUUAGUUAGGAAUAUGUGUUUUCCAUGAAAGAGUAGUGGAUUUCUCAUGCCAGUAUUUAAUUGACUGGCAGAUAUUCAUUGAAUGACUACCUUAUGUCAGUUACUGUGUUUGGUGCUGGGAUAAAGUAGUGAAUGAGACAGAUGAAGAGCUGGUGUGGGAGACAGACACAUAAGCCAAUAAAUACUAACUUUCAUUACAGAUUGUAAAAAGUGCUAUGAAGGAAAUAAGCAGAAGGAGGAGAGACCUAAUUAGAUGAUACCAUGUUACAUGCAAUGGGAGGGGCCUUCUGAAAAGGAGGUGUUUGAGCUGAGACCUGAAGGAUGAUGAGACAGUACUGUGAAGAGCUGCAGAAAGAGCAUUCCAGGAACAGGCAAUGAUAUUACAAAGACGGAGAGCUGGGAAAGGGCUUUGGGUGUUUAAGGAACAGAAAGUAGGCCAGUGUACUUGGGCUGAGGCCAGUGAGGGAAAAGUAUGGUGAAGAUGUAGAGGUGGCUAGCAGCCACUCAUGUUGCAUCUUGUGGAUAGGGCAUUUGGGGUUUAUUUGGAAAGCCAUGGGAGAAUUUUAAAACAGAACAGUAAAAUGAUGGGUUAAGUUUAGAGAAUGGAUUAUGGAUGGGCAAGAGUGAAACUGGGGAGAUUCAUUAGAAUGUGUAUAUCACAGUCCAGGUGAGAAAUGAUGGUGACUUGGGGUAGGGUGGUGUCAGGAGAGGUGGAGAGAUGUGGAUGAAUUUGAAGUGUAUUUUGUAGAACUCAGAGGUCAAUCAGAUGUGGAAGUGCAGGGAAAGAGGCAAUGAAGGGUGGUGUCCAGGUUUUUUCAGUUGGGUGGAUGACAGUACAAUUUAUUCAGAGGAGGAAACCGAGAUAUGAAGAGGUAUUGGGACAAGUCAAGGGUUUUAGAUACAUUAAUUAUGAAAUGUAAAGGGAGAAAUUGGGACUGGGGAUGUACUUUGAGAAGUGGGAGAGCAUGUAGAUGGUAUCUUGGGUCUUGAGAAUGGAUUCAGAGUCAAGAGAGAGUCUGGAUGGAAGAGAAGGCUUCAGCAUGUGGAGGUGGGGUGCAGGAGAAAUCACAAAAGUGGAGGCAGAUAGUCAUGUCUAACGCUGUCGAGAGUGCUACAGAUUUAGAGAGUGGCCCGAGAAGUACAUUAAUGACCUUGAGCACUUCACAGGAGUGAUGGAGGCACAAGCCCAUUAGAGUGUGUGGAAGAUGAAAGAGAGAUGAAUCAGGGAAACUUUUCUUGUAAAAGGGAGCUGAGCAAUGGAAUGGUGAUCAGAGGGAACAUGGGGCCAAAAAAGGGUUAACGGGGUUUUUCUGUAGUGUCCGGAAUAACCCAGCAGACAGGAGGAAUUGAUGCCUGCCCCAGGAGAGGGCAUGUAACACAGUCUGUAAGUGGCUGGCUGAGGACAGCAUCCAGAGCACAUGAGAGGACUUAACUUUGACAGGUGCAGAAUCAUUCUUUGUGGCAGGAGGAAAGGCAGAUGCUUUCAGAGGCAGCUGUUUGGUGGUUGGAAGGUUUUGGUGUGUCUGUCUCUUGGCUUCUCAGUGAAGCAUAAAGGGAGGUCAUCAGGUGAAGGAAGAGGUCUGUGGGGGAGAGAGCAGAAGGUGUGACCGAUUGGACCUGGGGAGUUAAAAACCAAAACCACCAAGGAAUGUGGUAGUAUUGCUACCCUCUUCUGCAUCCCUGCAAAAUCUGUUGCCGCCCAUUUAAAGUAAGACCAGUUAGUAUGGCUGUGCAUCUUUCCCUAGAAAGUGAAAUGACUAUGGUUUCUAUGUUUGUAAAAUGAGGAUAAUAAUAAUAAUAGUGCCCAAUCUCAUAGAGUUGCUGUGAGAAUUUAAGGAAUUAAUGUAAAGUGUUUAAAACAGCACCUGGCAUGUAAUUAGUGUUCAAUAAACACCAGCAGUCGUUGUAUUAGUUAGUGUAAGCAUGGAAUGGAGGAUAACCAGGUUGGUGGGGAUUGCCAGGAGAGAAAGACAAGGGUGUCUUGAGAGUGUCCACAGGAGUAUGCGUGUAAUGGCUGACUAGCAGUAAAGUGGGUAAGGAAAUGGGUUGUAAAUGUGUUUUUGAUGAAGCUGAAGAGUCAUUGUAGAAAUAACAGAGCAAAGGAACUGGAUGGGUCAGAGAUGGUAGAGAAUGUGGUGAUGACAAGGCCUAGAACUCAAGUAUGGGAGUAGGUAGCUGACAGAGUGAAGGCCGUGGCUGUGUGUGCCGAGGAAGCCAAAGAAUGGGAGAGGCCAGGGGGUUGGACAGAUUCUUUCAUUCUUUGAGUUGUUAAAUCAGCAAAUUUUUUGUCGAGUAUGUUCCAUGUGCCAGGCCCUGUUUUAGGUGCUAGGGAUCAAUCAAUAAACAGGUUCCUGUCCUCAUGAAGCUUAUAUUCUAGUGUGUGAAACAGGCAAUAAAGAAAUAAAGUAAAGUUUAUAUCUGACAAAUGCCAUGGAGAAAAAUAAAACAAGAAGGAGGAUGGGGGGAAUGAGCUGCAAUUUUAAAAAGGAUUUAGGGGAAGACAUCACUGUUAAGGUCACAUUUGAGCAGACACCUGAAAGUCAGAAGGGAGUGAACCAAGCUGAUAUUUUGGAGAAGAACAUCCUGGGCAGAGGUGAAAGUCCUACUGGAAGUGAAAGUCCACCAAGAAUGACAGGAGUAUCUGUGGGGAGUGUCAGUGAACCAGGACAGAAGGUCUUGAUAACUAAGGGACAGCAGGUGGGGAGCUAGUUUGAUGGCAAGAACUGCAGAGAAGCUAGGGUUUGGGGAAGUCAGAAGAUUUGGAAAUGGCAGCGGGGAGCACGGCUGACAUUCACCUACCUUCUGUCCCUGAGGUGUGUAGUGGGGAGGGAAGUGCAAGUUAAAGAAAGUCUGAAUGGCUUCCUUAAAGAAGAAGGGUGCUCACGUCUGUUGAUGGUCCUGAACGCUUACCUAACAUGCAGCUCUUGUAAGGUUGGAGGCUGCAGACCUUUGAGUUCUCCGUGCAAGAUUCAAGGCGCUCCAGGCCCUGGUUCCUGGAACAGAAACUGGUGUCUCAGGGCCAGGUGGUCGUGGUGCAGCCAUCCAGAAAGAGUUUGGAGCAGGGAUAGUUAGAAGAGCCUCUGGAAAUGUGGGAGGUUGAGAAUUUAUUGCACAUACUUGUUUAAGAGAAAUGGAUUGUUAAGAAGGGAAAAAGACAUCAUUACCCACUUCUCUACCAAAUUCAGCCCUUUAAAUUUUUCUGCAUUCUAAAUUUUUGUACUUCUAAGCUCUGUACAAGUACUGAAACUUUUUAUGUGGUUGUAAUUUUAUAGUAGAUGGUUUGUAUACUGCUUUUUUCUUUUUAGCAAUCAUAAUCCUAAAUGUUUGUCAUGGUGCUUCAGUCUUAACAGUUAGUAUGUUUAAUGGUGUAUGAUAUUGCACUGAGUCCUUAUGACAGAUAAUUUUCUUACCUUUUCUCCUAUUUUGGACAUUUGGGUUGUUCCCAGGAUUUUUAUAUCAUGAAUUAUUCAGUGAAUAUCUCCAUGUGUAUUGAUGGAGAUUCUUUUCAUAAGUGAAGUUUUAUGAGUAAGAAAUACCCUAGGUCAGACAGAAUCAAUAUAUUCUUAAAAUUUUUGUGAUUCAGAUAGUCAAUUUGUUUUCAAAAGUUCUUGUGCCUUUUUUUUUUUUUUUGCUGUUGGUAAUGUAAGUGACCCAGUUCUCACUUGUUACUUGUUGGUAAUAUAAGUAUCACAGCCUCACUUGUUAGAUAUUUUCAUUUUUAAUGUCUGUAAGUUUAGCAUUUGGAAAUGGAUAAAGUUUAUAUAGAUGAGAAAAUUAGGGGAGGACAUUUUUGGGUAUUGCCGAAUACCUGUGUAGUUCUUCCCAUCUGAGCUCAUCAAUUCCUCCCCUUCCUUCCCUCCAUUUUCACAGAGCUUGCCCGGACUCCUAUUCCUAACUCGCGCUACCCCAGUACUCGCCCUGCCCUGUGGCUCAUGCCUGAGGCCUUCACUUCCCUCCAGCCCUCUCCGGGCUCCCCUGUGCGUCCUCUGCCCUGCCUAUCUCAGGCUGGGGCGGGGGCAGGGUAUCUUCAUUCCCAAAUGCUAUAUCUGGAUAAUUGCUUUUUUUCUUUGUAGAAACUUUUCCUUUGAAGGUUAUGCUGAUUCUCCCUCACUCACUGAAGUCAUCAGCACCUCAUAGUCCUCCUGUGCACCCCGACUCCUUCCACCACUGUGGUUACCUUGGGUAUCCAAACCAGACACUGGGGUCUCAUCCUCCAAUCUUCAUUUUCCCCAGCCCUCUGCCCUCCAGUAUCCAAUUAAUCACCAAAUCCUAUCAAAUCCACCUAAUCAUUCUAACCCAUCCGCUUCUCUCUACUCCACUACCCUGGCUUUAAUUGAUGGUCCUGUUAUUUUGUGCCUUAUAUUACUGGAAUAGUCUCCUGUCUCCAUUUGCUCAGUAAAACAUUGACUGCUGAUUAUACACUACGUGUUGGGGAAGCUGUGGCGGGCAAGACAGACAAAAUUCCUUCCUUUUCAGAUAGUGAUGGUGCAGAAUGGGGAGCACUGAGGGCUGCGGGAACAUGGCAGGGCCCCUUGCUCAGCUCAGGGGAUUGGGGAAGGCUUCCCAGGGUAAGAACAGCUAAGAGACCUGAAGGAGGAUUAGGAUUCCACCAGGAGGAGGUGGAGGAGGCUCUUCCAGCCUUGGGCCCUUGUAUGCCGGAAAGCCUACAGGUUGAGAGUUUGGUGAGUCGGCCCCUUCUGUGAACUGAGAGUCAAAACAGUGGGAUGUAAAGUUCUUAAAAGCAGUGAGUACAGACUGAUGAGCCAUGAGAAGUGGGUAGGGGUAGGCACCUGGUAAGGGAAGGCUUAGUCAGGAGAUCGGGUUUUAUACUGAGGGUUAUGUGGAGUCACUGAAAUGUUUUAAGCAGGAGAGUGUACACAGCCAACAGCGUACAGGCUCAGCUGAGCCUUGAUGUGGCUGCAGUGUGGAGAACGGAUGCACAGGCUGGGGUGUGGGGGUACACGGAGACCUGGGACACAUGUAGAGUGUUGUAGAAAUGCUAGCAAGAGGGCAGUGGCUUUGCUUGGGAACAAAGCGGAGUGGACAGGUUCAAGAGAACCCUAGGAGGGGAAUUGGCAAAAUUGGGUGUUGGGUUGGUUGGAUCACAAGUGGAAAGGGAGUGAAGAGUACUCGCAGUCAGAUUUCAGGCCAGGAAAUGGUAUCUGACGCCCAGAGCGAACAGCAGGUUUAAAGGUGGCAAACGCUGGGUUCAUUAUGGACAGGUUGAGUUUGAGAGGUGCCUGUGGGAUGAUCAAGUGGAGUUUCCCACCAGGCAGCCUGGUAAAUGGGUUCAGAGUGGAAAGUGGAAACUGAAGUCAUGGCUGGAUGACAUCACCUCAGGGCCAGCAAGCAACUGACAAAGGACUGGUGUUGAGACCGUUUAAAGAUUUCCUUCACAUCAGUAAGAAAAAGAACAACCUAAUAGGAAAAUGAGCAAAAAUUAUGAAAAGGUGCACCUAAAUGGCUAAUAAACAUAGAUAAAUGUCUACCCACAGUGGUAAUGAGGGAAAUGCAAAUUUAUACCAUAAUGAAAUGCCAUUUCACAGCUUUAAAAUUGAAAAAAAUUUAGCAGUCCAGCAGUAAUAAGAGGAUGCAGAACAACAAGCACUCUUUUAUGGGAGUGUGAAUUGGGAUGAGUGCUUUGGAAAAAACAUGACAUUAUCUAGCAGAGUUGGCGAAGUGCAUACCAUGGAGCCCAGUAAUUUCCCUCUUUAGCAGAAACUGCAGAGAAGUCCUCCCGCAUGUGUACCAGAACGGUAAAAGCAACUCUAGCCAAAAAAUGGAAAACAUCAGUGGCUGUCAGUGGAGAAGGGCAGAUGGGUGGAGUCCUGCACAGCAGUGAAGAUGCAUGGAUUAGAGCUAAAUAUGGCACCGUGGUUAAAUCUCACGAUCACAAAGGGAUGAGUGUAGUGUGACACCAUUAAUACUAAGUUGAAAGGCAUACAAGACAUGGUAUACAUUGUUUUUUUCUCUGUAUGGAUAUAUUCCUGAAGAAGUGAAUGAGAAUGAUAAAUUCAGGAUAGUGUUUACCUCUUAGGGGGGUUUCACUAGGAAGAGGUUUUAAAUGUUUUGAAUAUUUUAUUUCUUAAGCUGGGUGGAGGAGUCAGGGUGUUGUUUUUUUUUUUAAUAGUUCUUUAUAUGUUUGAGUUGUUGAAUAAACUUUUUAAAGGAUCAGAUGGCACCUAGUUGGUGCUCAGUAAAUAUUCAUAUCAUUAGUUGCUUCUUUGUCUCUAGGUUGGGAUAUUGUUUGUUCCUGAGUGUUUAAAAAGCAAAAGGAUAAAGCUCUGUGGCCAAAUCUGAUACUAAAGUCUGAGCUGACCCUUGAACAUUGGGAUCAAGAUUCUCUUCUUCCUAUUAACCUCAUCUGCCUUCUGCCUGAUUAAAUGCCGACAGUCUCCCUCUGGCUUAAAACUGCUAGAGGUGCAAGUCAGCUUCCAUUUCCUGCUGGUGAUCCAGGCAUUCCCACAUCUCUGUCCAGGCCCCUGUCCUGCGAAUGGUGGAAGGUGAUACCAUCUAUGAUUACUGCUGGUAUUCUCUGAUGUCUUCAACCCAGCCAGAUACCUCCUAUGUGGCCAGCAGCAGCCGGGAGAACCCAAUUCACAUCUGGGAUGCAUUCACUGGAGAACUCCGGGCUUCCUUUCGUGCCUACAACCACCUGGAUGAGCUGACAGCAGCCCACUCGCUCUGCUUCUCCCCGGAUGGUUCCCAGCUCUUCUGUGGCUUUAAUCGGACUGUGCGUGUGUUUUCCACGGCCAGGCCUGGUCGUGACUGUGAAGUCCGAGCCACAUUUGCAAAAAAGCAGGGCCAGAGUGGCAUCAUCUCUUGCAUAGCCUUCAGCCCAGUCCAGCCCCUCUAUGCCUGUGGCUCUUAUAGCCGUUCCCUGGGUCUGUAUGCCUGGGAUGAUGGCUCUCCUCUUGCCUUGCUGGGAGGGCACCAAGGAGGUAUCACCCAUCUCUGCUUUCACCCUGAUGGCAACCGCUUCUUCUCAGGAGCCCGCAAGGAUGCUGAGCUUUUGUGCUGGGAUCUCCGGCAGCCUGCUCACCCAUUGUGGUCUCUGAGUCGCGAGGUGAUCACCAAUCAGCGUGUCUACUUCGAUCUGGACCCGACCGGGCAAUUCCUAGUUAGUGGCAGCACUGGUGGAGCUGUCUCUGUGUGGGACACCAGCGGGGCUGGGCGUGAGGAGAAGCCGGAGCCAGUGCUGAGUUUUCUGCCCCAGAAGGACUGCACCAAUGGAGUCAGCCUGCACCCUAGCUUGCCUCUGCUGGCCACAGCCUCUGGGCAGCGUGUGUUUCCAGAACCCACGGAGAGCGGGGAUGAGGCGGAGCAGGAGGUGGAACUUCCUUUGCUCUCUUUGCGCCAUGUCCACCUUGAAUGUCAGCUUCAGCUCUGGUGGUGUGGGGGGCAUCCAGAUACCAGUGUCCCUGAUGCUCACCAGGGCAAGAAGGGACAGGGAGGGACAGAGGUAGGUGGGGAAGAGUUUAUAUAAAAAGGUUUUAUAUACUAAAGUCUUUG